CUUGCCAAGAACAGAUAUGUGAAAAAGGGCAGGAUAAAAAGGAGAAGAUAUAGCGUAUAGGUCAGGGCCGUAUACAAGUAGGCCAAGGAAAAAGAACGGCGCCAACUCGAGGCACCACACUGGUAUAAAAGAGAAGCCCAAGGUGCUCUAUUCUGCCAAAGAUAGUUGCUUGCUUCUGGUUUGCCGUUUCUCUCACCUGGGGUCCUGGGUUCUUGAAUUCUUCAGCUAGCUCAGGUUGCUGCAGCUGUUCUUGUCUCAGAUCAAGUCCAAUGGAGGAAGACUCCAAAGAAAGAGCCCCUUCGACUCCUCAACUGCUAAACCUCAUCCGAGAUGAGAGAGAAUGGAAGGUGAGAGAAGCAGAAGAUGGAGGGACAUCAAGAACCACAAUCUCUGAUGCUGAGGAGGACAAGAAGCUGGAGCUGAAGCUUGGCCUUCCUGGUGUCCAAGAAGAAGAGAGAACAGCCGGCCCAGGAGAGAAGAUAGAGCAGCAACAGAAGAGCUACACAGCACUCUCCCUUGGCUGCUUCCCUGUACAUUCAAAGCUUACUACCAGCACUGCUACUACUGGUGCAAAGAGAGGGUUCUUGGCUACUGUUGGUGCCAAACCAGAAGGUUGUAAUCAGAGGCACCAGGAUAGGGAAGGACGUGGGAAUGAGUUAACAUUAGGAGGUGAAAAUAUGGCAGGCGAGAGGAAGAAAGGAUGCUGUCCCCCAUCAUCAUCACAUGACUCAGCUGCUGGGCCUGUGCACAGUAGCAGCAACCCCCAGUGGAGAGGUGCUGUUCUUCCGGUAGUCGGUUGGCCUCCAGUCCGAUCCUUCAGAAGAAACCUCACAAAUGGUAGUCCAUCUAAGCAAUCCCCUGAACGACAAAAUGAAGAAGCUGGUGACAAGAUGACGCUAACCUGCAAGAGGAGCCCGCUUGUCAAAAUUAAGAUGGACGGGAUCCCCAUUGGAAGGAAAAUAGACCUUGCAGCUUAUGACAGCUAUCAGAAGCUGUCAUCUGCCGUUGAAGAGUUGUUUCGUGGCUUUCUUGAAGCUCAAAAGGAUUCAGCCUGUACUGAAAGUGGAGAGCAAGGAGCUGAAGAGAAAAUAUUUUCAGGGUUGUUGGAUGGAACUGGUGAAUACACUUUAGUUUACGAGGACAACGGAGGAGGCAGGACACUAGUUGGGGACCUACCAUGGAAUGUAUUUGUUUCUACUGCCAAGAGGCUGAGGGUUAUGAGAAGCUCGGAGCUUCCCCAUGGCCUGAUUCAGAAUGCCUCUGGGAGGGUAGCAGAUCACUGAAAUGAUGAAAUCAUCCAGCCAUAGGAUCGUGCAAGCUGCAGUCAAUCAGCUUUCUUCGGAUGACCCUUUUUGGCUUGUAGAGAUAAAUCUAAUAAGAUAAAUGUUACCAUAUAGCAGAUGCCCAGAAUGCACUGCAAAUUCGUAACUUUAGCUUGUUCUGUUUCGAAUGCAGUGUUGGUUAGUGAAAUUCUACAUGACCUAGUAGGUUUACUAAAGGUGGAAGAUGUGUUUUUAGUGGGAUUUAAUAUUUUUUGUACUAACUUCGCUAAGAUGCAAGACACGCACCUAAAGUUCAGAUCACAAUGGUUAAUUGCCUGUUAUGCCAA